AGACUGUGACGUCACACUGGAGCACCGUCACUUCUACUGAAGCGAAAGUGAAACUGAUCACAGCGACCGAACACGGGAUAGAUCUUUCAGAUGCUCAGAAAUCUUGAGGCUGAAUAUCAAACAGACGUCUACUCUCAUCUAAGAAGCUUUCUCAAAGAUGUCUUCAGACGAGGAUUUCUCUCUGGUUCCUGAUGAUCACCUAUCAAACACACUGAAGAAAAUCCAGAAAGAAAUUGAACGGCUCAAGGUAGAACAGCGCACCCUAGAGGAGGACAAGCAGUUCUUAAUAGAUGCCAAGAACAGUAACGUCAAAUUUACUCAGGACUUCCAAAAAGCAGCUGAAGAUGUGAAGAAGCGCAUAGAGACCACGAAGCGUACACAAGCUGUAACAGUGAGGAAAGUACAGGAGAAGCUGGCUGGUCUGAAACAGGAGCAGAUGAAACUGAAGAUGGAGAUCAGUGAAACUGUGAAGGAACUGGACUACACUGAUGAAACCCAGAAGAGCCUAAAACAGCAGACAGAGGUAUCCACUGCAGUGCCGGAGAAGAAGGUGGUGUUUAAGGGUGAGAUGGCUGAUGGAACUCAUGCGCCGGGUUUCGAUAUUCAGCCCCGUGUUGUGUAUCCUAUGGAGGAAGGAACCGCACUCAUCACCUUCGAGGAGGAACAAGUUGCUAACAAGCUUUUAGCUCUGAAGAAACAUGAGGUGCAGCUGGGCGACUGUAGUAUCACUGUACAGGCCGAACCGGUGCAGUUUCUCGUACCUACUGACGUAUCGAUGGACACUAACGUCUGUCCACGUCGCGUCCUCGUCUCCAACCUGCCGAAAAGCGAGAGCACCGAGCGAAUUCUGGACAAGCUGGAGAUUCAUUUCUCCAAGACAAAGAACAAAGGAGGCGAGGUGGAUGAAGUGGUCCUGCUAGAAGACUCUGGAAACGUUGUCAUCACCUUCACCGACAAUAACAUUGCCAGUGUUCUGACAAAUACACCAAUGCAUGAGAUUGAGAUAGAAAGAGGGAAGAAACACAAGGUGAAGGUUACGCCCUUCCUCAACGGAGAGAUCACACUUCUCAAGACGGGAACCACGAGCUGCAGCAGGACGGUACUGCUGACCGGAAUCCCCGCCGUAAUGGACAAGGACAGUCUGCAGGACCUGCUGGAGAUCCACUUCCAAAAGAGCACCAACAGCGGGGGAGAAGUGGACGCUAUCGUUUACAACCCAGCGGGAGAGAGGACUCUGGCUGUGUUCGAAGAAGACAGUCCACAAACCGAGUAGAACCGGGCAGAACAGGGAAACUGGACUGUACCAUUAUUCAUGAAUAAAUAAAUGAAUCUGAUGCUGCCAUGAGGGAUUUAUAUCUCAUUAAUCCCUCCAUGUUGUUCUGUUUAGAUUUGUGCCAUUUUUAGUUUCAUAUUAAGACAUUAUUUUAAUAUUUUUGGGUUGGUGCAAUUUGGCAAACAAAGCAAACAAACAACUAAAUAAAAUAAAUAAAUUCUGGACUGCUGAUAGGCAGAUGAAAAACUGGUCCGUCUAUUCUAACACAUCCACUGCUCAUAUACUGACUGUAACGACACAGCAAUUGACUUAAAAUGACUUAAAAUAGAACGUUUCCGACCUUCAUAGAUCUUCUGGUUCUGAAUUCUGUCUGCUAACAUUAACUAAAUAAAUAAUAAAUAAAAUGUUGCCUAACAAAUGACCUUUAUUAACCUGUAUUAGAUGCUUUAAUGUGAUUAGUGGUUGGGCUGAAUAUAAUCCGGUGUUGCCUAGCACGGUCUGGACUUCAACCAGUGUUUGUUUGCAGAACAGGCAUGGUGAGGACGCUGGAGCAUUUUAUCCAGCAGUGAUCCAACAUAGUGACACAGUCAGUAGUUUAGUUUGAGGAAGAGCACAUGUUAAUAGCUAUAAGCACAAAUUAUAAAUCAUAAAUAAAGUUUAUACCACGUUCUCCAGCGUCCUGCCUGUUCAGCCUGGUGUUACCUCAGUAAUAGAAUCAUUUACAGAAGAAUUCAGUAGUACUGUAUAAAGUAUCUGCUGGUGCUCGGCUGAUACGGACGGUCGGUGAUGCAAAGCAAGAUGAGAUGUUAAACAAAACAAAAAAAACUCUUGAGUUGCAAAACCGCUGAUCAAAAUUAGUGUUGAACAAAAUUGGUGUGUUAAACUGGACAUACAAAAUCCUGGUGAAAUUGAGAGACAUGCACCACAACAUCGUAUCAGUGCUUUAUUAAACAUCCUAUUAUACCAAUAGUUCAUUUAAAACAUUUUAGCUAUUAUUUGUUUAUUAAAAUAUUACUAGCAUCUUUAUAUUGAUUCAAUUUCAAUUAUAAUAUUUAAAAGUAUAAUAAUAAGAAUUUUAAAUAAAAGGGUUGUGGUUUAUCAAGACUUGAGGUGGAAAAUGAAACUGGGAAAACCAAGAAUCUUAAUUACCUUUAAAUCUCUUUUAUUUCGAGCUGUUUCUUAUAUUAUAUUAAAUAUUAAAUAUAAUGUUAAUCUAUGAGCCUGUAGUCACUGUGACUGUAUUACAAAUAUCAUGAUAAUAAAUUAUUACAUGAA